UUUAUCUAUUGUAAUGAAUUAAUUUACAAUGCACUAAAUUGAAUUUAAUAAAUAUUGAAUGAAUGAUGGUUUACGUAUACAUAGUACGUGACAAAAUAUGUUGGUUAAACUUAUAAAAUCAUUUGUUUAGUAUUUUACCAUUUACAUAACAACUCUAAUUAAUAUUCCAGUAUGCAAUAACUGACAAUUUUCAUAAAGUAUUUUUAUAUUUAAACAUUUCGAAACUUUUUCAAGGUACAUUUUAACAUUUAAUUACACAUACUUCCUUAUUCUUUUCAAACUUGAGUGUAUUAUCACACAAAUGUAUGUACACACUUGAAUGUUUUCUGCCAUUUAACUUGUUACAUUAUAUAUAUGUAUGUAUACAUGUAAAAAUGCGUCAUAAUUUUUCUGACAACCUAAUAUAUAUCUGGUUACACAUAUUUAUGCAUAAUUAAACAAUAAAUAUUGUUUUAACACAGGAAACUAAGAGUUUUAUCCUGCGGAUGAUUUUGCUUAAUGAUACUUUAAUUCGAGUACUGUUUUAUCUACAUUUCUCUAGUUCGAAUGUUUUAGUUGUUCUUUCAGCCAUCUCAGUGAUACACAAUAUAAAGUAAUAAUGAUUUUCUUAAAUCACACAGUGAGAUUAAACAAUAAAAACAUAAAACUUUACUAAUCUGGGUCCUUGUCGAUUAUAUUAAUCAAGUUAUUCUUCAAUAGAUUUUAGACUCAAAGUCAUGACGUAUGUGUUGUAUUAAACAUUAUUUAUACAAAUGUAGCGAUUGCAUAAAAUAGGUCAAAGAGAGAUGGUAACAUGACCCAGCACAAGAAUAAAUUUAAAAAAAUUGAUUUUAAUUUAAAAGAAAACAGUGUUUUAUUAUAAAAUGAUAUUUAUUCAAAAUAAAGAGAAAAUAUUUCAGAAUAUGUAACAAAUACAUAAGCUUUCCGUAUAUAGACUGUAGUACUGAAAAUCUAUAUUUAAUACGUGUAACGUAAACUAGAGAUUAGCAGUGAAGCUAUAAUCAACUUGUCGAAUAACUACUUUAAUAUGAAAAUUUUGAAAAAAAGGAUGUAUGAAAUAUCAGUAUGCAUAAGGGCCUACAUUAACAAAAUCCCAUGUUGUUUAAUUUUGUUUGACUCGAAAUGUGUACAACUGCAUACAUAAAGAGUUAAAUAAUUAACAAAAGAGACAUUCUAGUGAUAGUAUGUAUGUUCGUGUAAUAAUACGCUCAAGUUGAAAAAAAAUAAGAAAGUAUGUAUAAUCAAAUAUUAAUAUACUUUGAAAAAGUUACGAAGUGCUCGAAAGUAAAAAUGCAUUAUAACAAACGUUUCGGCUGUUGCAUAUCACCAUAUUAACGUUACUACAUGACGGCAGGCUACUAAACAAAUCAUUCCAUAAGUAAUUAAUAAAAUUUGUCACCUAACAACGGAGAGAAUGACGAGUGAUCAUAAUAUCUACACGAUCCAUAAUACCAUCUUCUCCUUUAUCAAUUUUUUAACAAAAUUGAUUGAAAUUAACAUGUACGUAAAAAUAAUCAACUAUUAAUGGGCUAAUAAGAGUAACCGCGAUUGUUGGUGCGUUAGAAUUAACAAUUUUAUUAAUUUAAAAACGGACGUUUCGGACUCAGCUUCGAGUCAUCUUCAGCUACAGUUCCUUCUCUUUGCGAUUGUAACUGUAUGAGAAAAUAUUCAAUUUGCAGAUGUUGAAAUAAUCCUAAUUCACGCGGUAAACAAACAUGUAUUAUACGCAAAUUUUCUAAAAAUAGCUUAGAUCGCUUUUUCACGCUCUAAACUAGAAUAUCUCUUUAUGUGAUGCGCAUUCAUCAACUGUUCCCUACAUCCGAUACGGUUUUCGAGACGAGUUCUUCCAUUCCGUUUCGCGCACGAAAUCACACACACAAAAAAAAAGAGACUGCGCCGAGUCCAGGCGGAGAAAAUUUUGCCGCGUUAAAAGCAGUCGAACGCGUUAUCGGCUUGCUCACGCUCGAUUAUCGGCCCUUUUGCACGACUGAUCUCGUGACCCCGAGAGGACGUCGUACGUGAAGCAGCCGUACGUGUACGUGCACAUGUGUCGCCCCUUUGAACUUCCUGUCCGAGUACAGCAAAAAGAGCAGAACGUCGGGAGAGACAGAGGCGUUUCUCCGCCCUCAAGAAAAUCAAGUCCACGAAGCGUAGCGCGGAUAGUCGGGCGCCGAUAGUUCCGGAGAACGGACCAACUGUCCGACUUCUCGACGACCGACGAGGAGUGCACGGAGAGCCGGAGAUCGAUCUGCGGAAUUAUGUUCGCGAGGACGUCGCGCGCGCGUUAUCGCCUGAUCGUUUUCGCGGGGCGCGGACGCGAUCGAUCGCGAAUUCUCGUAUAACUCCAGUCGUCGGCGAUCGGCCGCGCGAUAUUUUGACACGUGGCUGUAAUGACGCGAUGAUGCAUAUGCGCGCGUGUUUACCAUUUUAAAUGUAUACAGAUAUACGUGUAGGCGCGAGCCAUACAGCAAGAACGUAGAGAGGGAGGGGGAGAGAGAAAGAGAGAGAGAGAGAGAGAGAGAGAGAGAGCCGGAAGAUUGGCGGCGGACACUAGGCUGAAAUACUUGGCUGAAACGCGCUCGGCAGUCAGGCAGGCGCAUCUGUGCCUCUUGAACGGAUGAAUUAAUUAUUGGUGUCGGGUGAAACGGUGACUCUUGUGCCGCACCAUUGAGCCCGAAAUAACGACGUGAUGGUGUGCAGUGUCGACAAUUGUUCGUGACGAAACAAAACGGAUUUGUCUUCGCAAACGACAGAGGAGGGAGCAGCAGUCAUGACUUCUGCCAGUCUCUCGGAAGAGGAUUUAACGUACGGCGACGGCGGCCACAAUUGGCGGAGUAUAAUUUUCUCACUGCUGGUCAUCGGUUUUGUUAUCGCUGGCAUUGUCACGGCAAUUUAUCUCCUCGGGUACGUUGACGAGCUCCUGUACUGGAGUGGCAAGCGUCUUACGUUAGAUGAGUGCUUUCGUGAUGACCUGACACCGCGCAGGUUACCACCGGCUUGGAUAACCCACGAAAAGUUCGUCUACCAAACCGACGAUGGUUCCCUCACUCUCCUGGACACCCGCCAGAACGUCGUGUCUCUUUUAGUGUCUAAUCAUACGCUUAGGCAACUGAACGUUCAGGGCUACGAAUGCAGCUCCGAUCUACGUUAUGUAUUGUUCAGGCACAAUGUCAAACCAGUCUUUCGGAACACUUUCACCGCUCUUUACACUGUCUACGAGGUCAACACCGACCAUCAUUCACCAAUUCGCCUACAAGCGUCGCAACACAUGCAUCAGACACGAUUGCAACAUGCCGCCUGGUUGGGCAACACGUCCAGUCUCCUGAUGAUCUACGAGAACGAUAUUUUUCUUAGAAUGGGACCCGAAUCGAUGGACGACAUCCGUUUAACUGACACGGGCGUACCUGGGGUGAUCUACAACGGUGUGCCCGACUGGUUAUAUCAGGAAGAAGUACUGCCGAAACCGCAAGCGAUCUGGCCUAGCUCAGAUGGCACGCAUAUCCUCUUCGCCACGUUCAACGACACCAGAGUAACCACGUUGGAGUUUCCUUGGUUCGGUACGACGGGUCAAGAUGGAGCCAGACUGAAUCCCCUGAGUGCGUCCAAAUCUUUUCCACCUUCCAGAUCGAUCAGGUACCCGAUACCGGGCUCGUCCAAUCCGGAGGUCGAACUAUGGGUCAUGGAUCUCGGGAACUUGACCUCAGCAAAUUACAAUGGUACCGGGAACAUCACAUGGCCAACAAAAAUGAGACUGACGCCACCGCCGUUCUUUCGCAACGGACAAGAUUACUAUUUGAUAUCAGCCGGAUGGGUUGGCGACGACACCUCGCAGAUUGCCGUCGUCUGGAUGACAAGGAUGCAGAACCUAUCCAUAGUGUCGGCUUGCCGCGCUCCCACGUGGGAAUGUGAGGAGACCCACGUAGAGCGGGCGCCCGAAGGACUGUGGCUGGAAGCCCAACCGCAUCCUCUCUUCUCUCCAGAUGGCGAUAGCUUUCUGUUUUUGGCCACAGUGCAGGAAGGUGACAAGGAACAUUUUACGCAUAUAAAACAUGUCACACUCACGCAACAGAGAAUAGCGGUGCUCUCUCAUGGUCGUUACGAGGUGAGUGAGAUCUUGGCGUGGGACACCAAGGCACAUCAAGUGUACUAUCUAGGCACUAAAGAGAAUAAACCUGGUCAGAAACAUCUUUACGUGGUACGCGAUCCAGCCGCGGAUGAUCCCCGUCAUUUCGAACCAUUGUGCGUGACAUGUGAUCUUGGAGAUGUUGUUUGGAACAAUAGGCACUUUUACGAGAAUUGUACACAUUUCGGUGCUUCCGUCAGUCCGUCAAUAGAUAACAGAACAUGGGGUUACUACGUACUGUAUUGCGAGGGUCCUGGCCUCCCUCUCGCCGGCUUGCACAAGACAUCGACGUAUAAGAUGAUCCGUGAGCUGUAUGACACGAGUCGCCAACGAGGGGCUAAGUUGUCACAGCUAGCAUUGCCUAUCAGCCGAAACUUUGAGGUACCGCUACCACAAGGCUGGCAGGCUCAUGUACAGCUGCUAUUGCCCCCCUCGUGGCGAGAAGAGCUCAGGGACGCUAAAUUUCCCGUGCUCAUCGAAGUGAAUGGCCGUCCAGGCAGCGAGGCCGUCACGGACAAGUUCCGGAUAGACUGGGGAACGUACAUGUCGAGUGCCAACGAUGUGGUCUACGUGAGGCUGGAUGUACGCGGCGCCAGUGGUCAGGGAAAGAAGGAUCUUUUCAGAAGAAUAGGUGGCGUCGAGGUGCAAGAUCAACUCACUGUGCUGAAAUAUCUUUUGAAGACUCACAAAUAUCUCGACUUCGACAGAGUUGGCGUGUGGGGAUGGGGUUAUGGUGGAUACGUGACCGCUAUGGCUCUUAGUAACCAGGAGAAUGUUUUUAAAUGUGGUAUUGCGGUGAAUCCGAUCGCCGAUUGGAUGUAUUACAAUUCCGCCUUUACGGAACGAAUUCUCGGUGCACCAGCUGAAAACUAUAAAGGCUACGUGGAGGCUGAUCUCACGCAACGGGCGAGAUUUAUGCCCAGUAAAAACCAACUUUAUCUUCUACAUGGCCUAGCCGACCUUACAGCGCCUUACACGCACGGCGUUGCCUUCGCCAAGGCUCUGUCCGAAGCGGGAAUCCUGUUUAGAUAUCAGAGUUACGCGGACGAAGAUCACGCCCUAAAAGGUGUGCUCGAACACGCUUAUCGUUCCAUGGAGCACUUCCUCACCGAGUGCCUCGUCCUGGAUGCCUCCUAGUGCCUGAAGCCGAAGAAUCCUUUCUUGUCUCUAGUGCGUCUAUUUCCGAUACAUCUAGAACGGACGUUAAUAUGGAGACUCGUUCUCGAGAUCACGGCAAUUACAUUCGUAAACUGGAUAAUCUCCUCGUUUAGAGCCUGAAUAGCGAUGUAAAUCAGGGCAUUGAUUGGAAACACGAAAAGAAUGAGAGUAAUCGUUUAUCCGAGAAGACGAAGAAAAGUAGAAACGCCGUUUGACGCGCGUAUAUACGAGUUUACGUGGCAAAAAGGUGGAAAUUGAAUUAACCGAGGAAGAAUGAGAGUAAAAUGACAUUUGUAUUGAGCAAUAUCGAUAUGAUGUGUAUCAUUUGCCUAAAAAUUUCUCUUCUAUGAAAAAAUCACUCAUUUUCUCCCUGGAUACGCUUCUAGUAGGGUUGGUAAAAAUCAUGUUUUAAACAUGUUUUAUGUACAUAAUGUUUAAAACAUUAAAAACGUGUAUUAAACAAAAAAUACAAUGUUUUCUUUUUAAACAUGAUUUUACCAACUUUGGCUUCUAGCGAUACUUAUAUCGGGAGAGAAUACAGAAAUCAAACGAAGGACAUCCGACGAGAACGAGGAGCGACGGAUCGCCUUCUGCUUCACAGAAUUUUUAUACAUUAUUGACGCUGCUCGCGUUUCCUGCGCAAAUUCAACGCGUAGAUAGCCCCAUGAUUUGUCAGACAACGUGAAUUUUCAUCGAAUAGCGCGAGCGGCUUGUUCGAAGAAUGCGCAUACGUGUCGUGAAGUCGAAGCGGACGAAGAAAAUGAGGCAUGUGUUCGAAAGCGCAGAGACCGAAUUACUACAUGCGGAGCUUAUCGACAGCUUGCAAAUCCGUCGUGCGCAUAGCGCCAUUGGGACAACGUUAUAAAAUCGACGCCGAGCGUUUGCGAGCUCAUCAUUAACGUCUUGCUGUGUUCCAAGUCCCAAGGACGCUCACCUAGGAAAGGCCUGAAAUUUCGUAGCGAGCGAUUAAUACAGGCGAGAUUAAUACAGAAUGUAAUAACACUUCAACGUACAGAGCUUAUUGGGAGUCUGCAAACUUGCACUUUUCUUUGUGUCCCUACUUUCCAGACAGAAUUUAUCGAAUCACAAUGCUCGAAUAACUCCAAUAAAAUCCCGUACAACACAAAAAGAUUGCAGUAACAUUGCAAAAUAUUUGCAAGUUUCUAACGUUGUAAAAGCAUUAUGAAAUGUUGCAAUAUUGCAACAACUUGACAGUAAUGAUAAAAUAUCUGUAGACAGUAAUGGUAAUUACUUUACAUUAAUGAUAAAUGUUUUUAGAAAUAUUGCAACAAUAUAAUGUAUUUUGAUGUUUCUGAUAAUAUUUUAUAAUAGUAUUAACACCUCUAACAGCACAAAAUAUCGAACGAAUAUUGUGAUAUUUUAUAAAUAUACGCACAAUAUCACGAUAUUGUGCGAAUGUUCGUGCGAUAUCUAGAAUAUUCUAGAAUAUUCAUAUGAUAUCUUGUGCUGUUAGGAAGAUUUUGACAUAUCAUUUCUAGGAAUAUGUUCUUGAAUUAAUUUUUACAUAAAAAAAACAAAAAGUUUUACGACUAAAAUAUAAUUCCUUUUUAAAUUUUAAAGUUUUAUCCUUUCAAGCAACCAUUUCAUGUAGAUGAAAAAUGUGGGUGAAGUAAUUAAAAAGUCAAUUAAAAAUCUUGUAAGGCUACUUUAUUUUGUGUAAUUUUUUAAUGACAAGAAACAAAAUGGUGGCACGUUCUGCUCGCGGAUGAAGCAGAAAACAUUAUUUUUUACAAUAUAUUUGAAACGUUGCGGCAAUAUUGAUACAAGUAAUGUUGCAAAAAAAUCUUUGUAAUAUCGUUGCAACAUUGCAUUGCAAUAUGCAUCGUUGCAACGUUGCAACAAUGUUACUGCAAGCUUGUGUGUUGUCUGGGAUACGUCUCGGUACGGGGGACCGCGGCUCUGCGCGGACUGCAAUUUGAUGUUUACGGCGGGACUGAGCAUGCCGGAGUAUCUAAGGUCUCCCGAGUCGAGUUACGUGUGUUCGGGAGAAAAAGUUUGCAAGCUUCCGUCUUACACGUUCUCCUUUUUUUCUAGCUACGUCACUGGUGCCUCCCCGAUUUUAAACGGAGAAAAAAGUAUGUACGCCUAUGCGGUGACGUUCGUCCACAAGCAUCGACAUAUAUUUGCCAUUAUAGAAAUCCGGAGACAGCUACUGUGAGUUUUGUGUUGUACAGCUUGGCGCCUAGUUCUAUGUCAUAAUGUUACACGCGUAAGAAAUUGUUCCAUACAAAUCCCUAGUAAUCCCUCCAUCUCGACCCGCCCCUCCCCCUUCUCCCUGUCCGUUUGAAUUUUGAAUAUUUGUACAUAUAUAUACACCCAGGAGAAAUGCGAAGCACCUUCGACGAGGUCCCGCGCAAGCGUUUGCACGAAUCACGAGUGAUUCGUAGAUAGAGAGAGAAAGAGGAGCGAUAUCAUUUCUUUUUAAAUAACCGAUUUUCGACAAGAUUUACGAAAAUAUGCUCGUCACAGAGCAGACGUGUGAACUCGGAUCUCGUCAAAGGUGCAGGUAUCAGAUAUUCAUUGUAUACCUCUUCGAGAUACAUCGAUCGACCCCGAAUGGAUGAACGACUACACUAAACAGACGAUAUACUUACAAUCGUCGGGUCUAGCUGUCGAUCAUCGAUCAGGCGCGAUCGGCAUAUACGAUGUCAAGGCUCCCGAGUGCCUGUUUGCUUACCCGUUCUUUCAGGUGGAACAGUGAAAGACAAAAUAUGGCGAGACAUCGUACGCUUAUUGUCACAUAUAACUGACUUCGCUGCUCCACUAUUGUAAAAGCGAACGCUCGGAAACCUUAUGAACGUGACGUCGUUGAAGAGUAACAGGGCUCGUAAAACGUCUCGGAAGUAUCUGCGGUAACGUCGAUGUUUUUACGAUAUGCGUUUUACACAGAUUUCAAAAAUCGAAACGUGAAAACUUCGAGAGUUAUUGCCUUACAAUUUGACAAUGCGAUUCAUUCGUUUUUAAAAGAAUUUUUAAGACUUGUAGAAGUUUUCUGUUCAUAUAUCUUUAACAAAAUAAGAUUUUUUUAAAAUUUAUGAAUAAUUUGUGACUUGUUGUACUACAUAUUAUAUUGUUCAACAUUAAAAUUCUUUCCGUAAUGUCAUAGCAUAACUAUAAAGAUUUUUUGGCUUAAUACAAUGUCAUUGUCAGAAUUUUGCAUUGCACUUCAAAAUUUAGAGUAAAUUGGAGUAAAAUAGGCAAAAAAAUAAAAAUUUUAGUUAUUUUUAAUUUUUUUCCAUGACAAAAAAAACUUGUUUCCAAUAAAGUUCACCGUAUCUAAGAAUUCAAUACAAAAGCUUUCAAACAAAUUUUCAUGAUUGUAUGACAUAUUUUCAUGAAAAUGUGGUUUUGAAUUUUAGACUUUAUAUAUAAUUUACAAUACAAGAAAAACAAAUAUAUACUUAAAUAUAUGGUAGAGGUGUGCGAAUAGUUCGAAUUUGAAUCGAAUCACAGUGUAUUCGAUUUCUUUUCGAAUCCAAAGUUUCGAAUCAUUUAAUUUCGAAUAAUUCAAGUAUUUUGAAUUAUCGAAUCAAUUGCCUACUUUUACUGCUUUAUUUAUAUCUCCCGCGUAACCAAUUUGCUAUCAGAGCGCAUCAAUUAUCAUGUCUAAUUUUUUGUCGAUUUUCAAAACUUUCUACUAAACUAUUAAAAAUUCGAUUUGAUUCAACUUUAUAAGUGCUUGAUUCAUAUCUCUAAUAAAUAGCAAUAAAUAAAUAAUGGUGAUUCGAAUUUAGACGUAAAGAGUAGUUCCAUGUACAGAUUUUGAGUGAUACACAAUGCUGUUACACAAAAUUGUCAAUUCAAAAUAACAGAACCAACGCAAAACGCUUCCUAAGCAAUCCUUAUAAUUGUUUAUUUGUUAUGAGUGUCUGUAAGUUUGAAAUGUUUGAAAAUGUUUGUCUUUUGGAUUUACGACAAUAGUGCUUACUUUACCUUAUUAACUUAGAGAAAUGUAUUUAAAGUAUGUAUUUGUCUUUUUCUUGUGCUGUAGAUACAGAAAGUCUAAAAUUUAAAUACGUGUCAAUAACUUCACGAAAACGAUGAUAAAUUAAAAUUUAUUUAAAAGAUCUUAAAUUCUAUUUUCAGAUAUCGUUGGUUUUAUUUAGGGACAAAUUUCUUUUGUCAUAAAAAAUUUUCAAAACACCAUAUUUGAUCUACUUUAUCCUAAUUUAUCAAAAUUUAAUCCUGUCGAGUUACGAAUUUUGACAUCAUAUUUAGCGCGAUAAAAUCUUCAAGAUACGUACUGUAGCUCUUUGGAGAGAAAAGUGAUUUUUUUUGUUGAAUAGCGUUAUUGAUUUAUUUAAGAUAUUUAUGGGAAAUAUUACUACAAUUUGAUACAAUAUAUCUUAAUUACAUUAAUUGCAGAAUGCGUUUUGUAGCUAAAAAAAUGUUAAAUGGUUUCGUUAUAAAAAUUCUAUUAAAUCGCAGAUAACGUUUAAGAUCAUAUGUCAAUAUAAUUUCUAGCUCGAAAAUAAAGAAAAGAUAAUCUUACGAGUCCGAAUGUUAAUUAGAGAAGAGGCGCGCUCAGACGAGGAAGUGACGCACGUCAUUAUGUGUAUGCUGCAUGUACCAGCAGCCCUUAAAUGCCGACAAUCAAGGCUAGUGCAACUAAUCAAACGAUAAUAAAUAGAAACGGAGAGAAGAGAAAAUUAAUAAUUUUAAUGAAUACUCGUGAAUGAUCGCUGUGGUUCGGGCGCAUUGUAAACCGCGACGAAGUCUAGCAUUGCUAAACUGUCGCGACCGAGAGGUCUUCGCGAGAGCGAUUUUUGCGAGGAUAAAAGUAUUAUAGAUGCGAAGGGUCGUUAGGUCGAGAUGAUGUGCCCGCUGUCGACUGUAGAAAGUACAAAGAUGUAACGCGCAAUGGAGGCCUCAGAAAAAAUUUUACGUUGAAUGGAUUUAUCCUUUACGGAGGAUUUGCUCCAAUCUUCUCUCGCUAUCUCUCGAUGUUAAACAUUGAAAAUCAGAUGGCUGUAACGAAUCUUUCAAUGAAAUUAACGUGCAAUAUUUACGUGCAAUGCGCAACAAGCGUUAUGUAUUUAAUCGGAUUCCUCCAUUUCGCGACAAAUGAAUGGUCGUUCGUAGUGAAACAAAAUGUUCGUUGUCAACAAAAUAUCGCUUCCAUUUAUUCCCGAAUAAAUAUAACGCGAGCGAUCGAAACGCGAAUUGUUCGAUCCCAAGAAGCGGGAGAAAGAGUGACUGAUCGAUCGAUUGGAAAUGCGAGAGAGCUACAGGGAGAAAGAUUAGGGAGGGGGAGGAGGAAUAAUAAUGGUAGUGCGAAUGAGAGCGAGAGACUGUGUGAGUGUGUAAAUCACAAUCAAUUAUUAACUAUAAUAACGGCAGAAAAUGAGGCAAAUCGCGUUAAAUGUAAGUAUAGGGCGCGCACCGGAGGAAAAAAAAAAGAUUAUCACGAAGACAGGCACGCAACACAAGCAUGCGAAAUAUGAAAUUAAUCGCAACUGAGAAUCCUUGGUAGCAGCGCAUAAGGGUAUCUAUAGCUUUUGGUAACGUAUUAUCGCCGCUAAAAAGAAAAAAAAACGUAAAAGAAAUGCAAUGAAAAAAUACACUCGUAUGGGCAUACGUAAAAAUACACGCAAACA